CUCAGAUUUCAGUUAAUAAUUAUCUUCAACAUCCGAUAUUAGUCGUCGAAAGACCCGUUUUAUGCACAUCUCAUCAGAAGAUCCCGACCAUUUCAUAUAGUGCAACACGCGACAACUUAAUCUGUAAUGGCGCCUCCUACGCCACAGAGCGUCCUGGCUAAGUUACGAUCACUUACUACCACCCAGGAGAUCACCAUUUUGAAGCUCAGUGAACCUAUCUCCGUCGCAGUCACGCAACUACAUGAUCACCAUCAGCGAACUUCAGAUAUCUCUACAUCAUCCCUUGACGUCACUACGCCCUCUUCUCUCGAGGCCGACUUGACGCACUAUCGGGAGCUGUUUGCCAAGCUUCGUUUCAGUUAUGUAGAGCAAGUUACUAAGGAGAAAUUCAUUCGUGCCAUCGUAGGCGAUCCACCUCUUAUCGUCAGUUCCCAGGAAAAUCUGGAUCUCGAAAAGGAAAACUUAGAAGCAAAGGCCACGCUGAAGGCAUUAAAGACAGAGGUCUCAGACAUGGUCACGGAGCUCGAAGAGAAAGCCAAAGAUCUAAGUAGGAUGUAUGAGAAAGUGCAGGUCGAGACCAUCAGAUUGGAGGAGCUUCCCGGCAAGAUUGAUGAGCUUGAAAAUGCGGUUGCAAAGUUCAAGAAGACCCAAGCAGUAGGAUGUAAUCCAAACCCGGAAUUAAAUUUGCCCUUGACCAAGACUUUGGACUUAGUUAAGUCAAGGAAGAAGAGGGAGUCCGAGUUAGAUAAACAGUUAGAACAACUCCAGAGUCAGGUUCCGAGGAAAAAGAAGGAAUUGGAUCGGUUACACGCCGAGCUACAGCCCCUCGAGACAAGGAAGCAGAACAGCAUGGCUGCCGCAAGAGAGGCCAGAAGGCGGAAAGAGGCAGCGCUCGGUGGUGUUGAGGAUGACCUUGAGGAAAGAGGCCGCUGGUUCAGGGCAGCCGAAGCCGGUUUAAAUGAGAUAUUAGAGAUCCGUGGUUAGAUGAUAUCAUUAUUCGACAUUCGGGCAGGUGUUAUGUCAGGCGUUUCUAAGGUCUUGGCCUAGGUAAUCUACCUUGGUAGGCAUGGAGGGAAGCUUGUCAGAGGGUACCGUACAUCUCGAGCCGCAAUUAUACAGGCUAAUCACGAAUAACGAACCUCUUCCAACAAUCUUAGCAGCAUCUUUUGCUACAAUGUCUUCACUGCACAGAGUCUGGUUGAGAUAACAUCAAUAAUUUCCGCAACGGACCUAUCUAGCUAAGGGAGUGGACACACUCUGUGGUGUUAAUCAAAAUAAGAGAGAGAAGAGGAAGGUAUACAAUGCCCAUAGACUCUAACAAGCUUUUAUACUGCUGUC